AUGAAGGGCGACGAGGGCGCUGAUUAUGACGUGUACAAUGGGCGGGAUGAGGGGGGCGACGAGGGCGCUGAUUAUGACGUGUACAACGGGCGGGAUGAGGGGGGCGACGAGGGCGCUGAUUAUGACGUGUACAACGGGCGGGAUGAGGGGGCGACGAGGGCGCUGAUUAUGACGUCUGCAAUACUCGCCCCUGACGGUGCUGACGUGACAGCUGCAAUACUCGCCCCUGGCGGUGCUGACGUGACAGCUGCAAUGGCAGCUGCAUUACUCGCCCCUGGCGGUGCUGACGUGACAGCUGCAUUACCCGCCCCUGGCGGUGCUGACGUGGCAGCUGCAUUACUCGCCCCUGACGGUGCUGACGUGGCAGCUGCAUUACUCGCCCCUGACGGUGCUGACGUGACAGCAGCAUUACCCGCCCCUGGCGGUGCUGACGUGACAGCUGCAAUACUCGCCCCUGGCGGUGCUGACGUGGCAGCUGCAUUCGGAAGGUUCGCGCCUUCAUUCGACGUCACUCGCGUCUUCCUAAAGGAACUUACUAACUUGGUUAAGAUAAAUUAA